AUGGAAUAUAAACUAAAGGAAUUGACUACAACCGUCACAAAUCAAGAAAAAGUCAUAAUUAAUCAAGAAUCUAUGAUCAAUAAAUUAGCUAAACAAACGACUGAUAUUGUUGAUGUUGAAAAGGACGACGACAGUGUACCAGGUUCUGAUAAAUCAACCCGUACUACACGUCCAAAAACACCAACUUCAGUUCAAAUGGAAACUGAAACAACUAAUGAUACUACGCCACUUAACGAACAACGACAAUCUAUCAAACACCCAAAAAUCAUAAAACUAAACGAUUCAUCGAAUGUGACAACACCUUAUACAAGUCACUCAAUGGGAUAUAAUAAUGAAUUAAUUAUCAAUGAAGAUUUUGAUACCUCUUAUAAUGAUUCAACUCAACCAUUCACCGGCUCACUAGCUGGACAAAAAUGCGCUAGAUUAAUUAACGUAUACUUACUGGCAGACCAAUCAAAAGAUAAAGACUUAACUAUUGAACUUUACAACUAUAUUGAAAAUACUAUCAAAACAAGAAAACAAAACAAAUAUAAAAUCACCAUAAUGAGAUUUCAACAUAGAUUUAGACAAGACGUACUUAAAUUUCAUCAACGAAAACCAUACGAUGUUUUACAGGGUAUCGAACAAGGCGAAGUUAUAAGUCCAAUUCUAUGA